CGUCUCCUUCCUCCUGCCGCAGGUGGAUGACCUCCCAGAGCCCGUGUACGCGAACAUAGAGAGGCAGCCUCGGGCCACGUCGCCUGGCGCCGCCGCAGCCCACUGCCCCGGCUCGGUGUGGGAGACACACACGGACGCGGGCACCGGGCGCCCCUACUACUACAACCCGGACACGGGCGUGACCACCUGGGAGUCGCCCUUCGAGGCUGCCGAGGGCGCCGCCAGCCCGGCCACGUCUCCGGCUUCGGUGGGCAGCCACGAGAGCCUCGAGACCGAGUGGGGCCAGUACUGGGAUGAGGAGAGCCGCAGGGUGUUCUUCUACAACCCGCUGACGGGCGAGACGGCCUGGGAGGACGAGUCCGAGGACCAGCCGGAGGACGAGCAUGAGAUGCAACCUGGCCUGAGCCCCGGCAGCCCCAGGGACCAGAGGCCCCCCACCCCUGAGACGGACUACCCCGAGCUGCUGGCCAGUUACCCAGAGGAAGACUAUUCCCCCGUGGGCUCCUUCGGUGAGCCCGGCCCCGCCUCUCCCUUGGUCACACCCCCAGGCUGGUCUUGCCACGUGAGCCAGGAUGGGCAGACGCUGUACACUAACAACUUCACCCAAGAACAGUGGAUGAGGUUGGAGGACCAACACGGGAAGCCUUACUUCUACAAUCCAGAUGACGCCUCCGUUCGCUGGGAGCUGCCCCAGGUCCCUGUCCCUGCCCCUCGAAGCAUCCUCAAAUCCAGCCAGGACAGUGAGACCCCGGCCCAGGCCAGCCCACCUGAGGAGAAGAUCAAGACCCUGGACAAGGCAGGAGUGCUCCAUCGAACCAAGACGGUGGACAAAGGAAAGCGGCUCCGGAAGAAGAACUGGAGCGCCUCCUGGACAGUGCUGGAGGGCGGCAUCCUGACAUUCUUCAAGGACUCGAAGACCUCGACUGCAGGUGGCCUGAGGCAGCCUUCCAAGCUCUCCACGCCCGAGUACACAGUGGAGCUGAAGGGGGCCUCUCUCGCCUGGGCCCCCAAAGACAAAUCCAGCAAGAAGAAUGUGCUGGAGCUGCGGAGCCGAGAUGGCUCAGAGUACCUGAUCCAGCAUGACUCGGAGGCCAUCAUCAGCACCUGGCACAAGGCCAUCGCCCAGGGCAUCCAGGAGCUGUCCGCAGACCUGCCCCCCGAGGAGGAAAGUGAGAGCAGCAGCGUGGACUUUGGGUCGAGUGAGCGCCUAGGAAGCUGGCGGGAGGAUGAGGCACGGCCUGGUGCAGCCGUGCCCACCCCGGGGCCCGGAGGUCUGGAGAGCGACCUGAGCAAGGUCCGGCACAAGCUCCGCAAGUUCCUGCUGAGGCGGCCCACGCUGCAGUCGCUGCGGGAGAAGGGCUACAUCAGAGACCAGGUGUUCGGCUGCGCGUUGGCCGUGCUGUGUGAGCGCGAGAGGAGCCCGGUGCCGCGCUUUGUGCAGCAGUGCAUCCGCGCCGUCGAGGCCCGGGGGCUGGACAUCGACGGUCUCUACCGCAUCAGUGGAAACCUGGCCACCAUCCAGAAGCUGCGCUACAAGGUGGACCACGAUGAACGUCUGGACCUGGACGACGGACGCUGGGAGGACGUCCACGUAAUCACCGGCGCCCUGAAGCUCUUCUUUCGAGAGCUGCCCGAGCCCCUCUUCCCCUUCUCGCACUUCCCCCAGUUCAUCGCGGCCAUCAAGCUGCAGGACCAGGCCCAGCGCAGCCGCUGUGUUCGGAACCUGGUGCGCUCGCUGCCCGCCCCCAACCACGACACGCUGCGGCUGCUCUUCCAGCACCUGUGCAGGGUGAUCGAGCACGGAGAACAGAACCGCAUGUCCGUGCAGAGCGUGGCCAUAGUGUUCGGGCCCACGCUGCUGCGGCCCGAGACAGAGGAAACCAGCAUGCCCAUGACCAUGGUGUUCCAGAACCAGGUGGUGGAGCUCAUCCUGCAGCAGUGCUCAGACGUCUUCCCGCCGCACUGACCGCGGGCCCGCACCCCUAUCCCCGCUGCUGGCGCUGCGGACCUGGGAGUGGGGGCGGCGACAGUGGUCCUGCAUAGAAGCGGGGCGGCUGGAAGCCACGCGGCUGGACUCUAUCUCUGAGACCCUCCGCCUCCCACCAGUCCGCAGGCCGGUGCGAGUUCUGCACCUCUCGGUUCUGAGGGUAUGGUGACCCCUGGUGGGCAGUUCGCAAAAUGUGAUUUUUUUUUUUUUUUUUUUUUUCCUCUGAUUUGGCCUGUUUGGGGGUUAAUUGGGCUCUGUUCUUUAUCACAGCGCCACCUACUGUGAGUGUGCGAGAAUGAGGGGUGGGGGGAGAGUGUUCUGGGACGGCCGCUGUUGCGAGGAGGAAUUCGGCCGAAGGGUUUCCUGGCUUCGUCAGGCCUGCACCUGGUGGAGGCCUUCAGGGAGACCCUGUGGGUCCCCGGCCCCGUGCAUGGCACUGUGCCCAUCAUGAAGCAGCAAUCGACAGCCUCCCUGCUGCGGAAACAGGACUGAGCCGGGCGUCCAGCAGGCAGCUGAAGCUCCCUUUCCCCAGGCCUCUGGGCUGGAGCUCCUGCCCGGCCCAAUCACUGGCUGGCUAUAGACCCUCUUCAUUGACUUUCCUGUUGGGGUUCUGGGCCUCUGCCCUCCCUGAUCCACUUGUGCUCUGUGCAAGGGUUCUUCCUGGUCGCUAAAUGUGUACCCUGCACCUGCCACUUGACAUGCACCAUUUCUACCAGUAAUCCCGUCUUACAGAUGAGGAAACGGAGGCGUACAAAGGCAAAGUGCCUUGUUCAGGGUCUGGUGGGUGAUCUGACUCCCCAGCUCAGGCUCCUCUCACACCAGAGCACAGCCUCCUGUGAGGGUGAAAUCAAUCCUUGCAGCUACCCCUCAACCCCAGCAUGGCCUUAUGGUAAAUCAGGGAAACUAAGCUGAGUGGCUUCUGUCUGGACCUGCGGAGGUCCCUGAAGGCAAAGAGGGAAUCUGCCCCAGCUGUUCUUCUCUGCGGGGAGGGGAAUAGCACCGGCAGGAGCUCCUAGCCCCUCUCAGUGCCUUGGCUGCCGGGUAUGCCUCCCUGGCGCCCACCUUGCCGUGAAGAGCUGGGAGAGAGGCCUGAUGGGUAGGGGGAAGGAGGGCACGUCCUCAGAAAAGGAAGUGUGAACGCUGCGGUCAUCAGCCCCCCUUCCCUUCUUGUACACAAACCACCUCAGUAUAUGGGUUUCAGCUCCCUGCCCCACCUGCCCGUUCACGUGUUCAAACAAUCGUAGCUAAUAUUUAUUGACAUUUGCACCAUACCAAGCGUUUUACUUGGACUAUCUCAUUUGUUUCUCACAGCCAAUAUUUAUUAUCUGCUCUUCUGUGCCAGGCACUGUGCUCUGGGGCAGGGGUACCACACAUUGCCUCCCUGGUGGAGCUUAUGGUUCGGCGGGCAGGGCUGACCGAAGCCCACCCCUAAUGCCAGAGGGGCUGGGGCAAGAGUACAAGUGGAGGCCUCAUACCAUACGUCAACAUAUUGUAAAGCUACAAAUCAAGCUAACAAGUGUUCAAUAAAAUGCGUUCUA